CUCACCCUCAUUCCCCAUUCCUCACCAUUCUCCCACACUCCAUACAUGCUCCCGCCACUACGCCACCUCAUUGACGCCCAUGGAACAACAGCCCCGACUGUGCUGCAGCGGACUCUGGCUACCCUUGUCAAGUACCUGGAUAACAUCGCCUCGGCACCCAACGACCUGCGCUUCCGUCGCAUCAAGACAACCAAUAGAGCCUUCUCCGCACGCAUCGCUCCGUUUGGAGAUGCGCUGGCCGUUCUGGCCUCUGCCGGCUUUGUCGCCCACUCGGAUGAUGCGCUUGUGCUGCCGUCGGAUGCUCCACUCGAGCCUCUCCGUGCUGUUCUCGACGACGUCCGUGCUGCUCUGCCCAUAGCCGCCGAUCUCGUUGCCGCUGCAGCCGCCAGCGAUGCAGCCGUCGCCGCGGCCAUGCGUCAGCGGGCAGUAGACCGCAACGAUCAAGCUCGCCGUCAUGCUGAUCGCGUCCUGGCGGCGAAGACGCACUCACGCAAGCGGGCGUCGCUUGGCAGCACAGUACUUGUACCUGCUCCCCAGUCCUUUGCCGGCCUCGCCAACCAGGGCGCCACCUGCUACCUCAACGCCUACUUACAGACCCUCUUCCAUUGCUGCGCCUUUCGUGCCCUCGUCUACGCCAUUCCCUUUGCGGGCUCGAACUCAGUCAUCGGUGCGCUGCAGCUCCUCUUCUGUGAACUCGAGACGAGCAGAUCAGCCGAGGGCACCUCGCGUGCCUGUGUCUCUACUCGCGGCCUCACAGACGCCUUUGGCUGGUCGAGCGCCGAGCUCGCCACACAACACGACGUUCAGGAGCUCUCGCGGGUCCUUCUUGCAAACAUCGAGGACAAGCUCGCUGGGACCGAGCUUGCUCCUGCCGUCGCCGAUCUCUUUGCCGGUACCCUCACCACCACCCUCGCCUCGCUGCCUUUGGCUCCAGCCGGCGAGACCUUUGUCUCGUCUACUGAUGAACCGUUUUACGACCUCACUGUGCCAGUUGCCGGCCAUGCCUCGCUCGAAGCUGCCCUCAGUGUGCUCUUUGCUCCAGAGACCAUGGACGGGGACAACCAGUACGCCGCGCCUGGCCUCGGCCUCCGCGACGCGACCAAGCGCACUCUCCCGUCGAAAUUGCCGCAGCUGAUCCAGUUCCAGCUUGCCCGCUUCGCCUACAACCCCACUGAGGGGCGAAUGGCCAAGAUCACGUCACGCUUUUCGUUUCCCGUGCAGCUGGACAUGCCCUGCGCUGCUGCUCCGUCCCGCUCCUACAACCUCUUUGCUGUCCUUGUCCACGCCGGUGGCUCGCCGGCCGGAGGUCACUACUAUGCAUUUAUCCGCACAGGUGAUAGCGACUCUGCUGAGAGUUGGAUCAAGUUCAACGAUGCUGUUGUCACGCUUGCGGAGCCUGCUGAAGCUCUUGAUGCCAACUUUGGCGGAGGCACGUCGUCGGCGUCGGCCUACAUGCUGCUGUAUGCGGCAGCCGACGCCGCUGAUGUUCUCGGCGCGGUCCCUCCGCCACCAACUGCCCUGGUCGAUGCCUUGGCGGACGCGAAGCUUGUCGCUGCUCACGCUGCAGCAGUUGCAGCCGCGCCCGAAGUCGUCGUUGUUGAUCUCGAAUCUCUGCAUGCUCAACUGGUGGCAGUAGCUCCAGCUUGGAGCCCAUCUGCGCUGUUUGCCACCGCACUCGUCAACGCAGCUGCAGCCUCGCCACGUGUGCCGCUUCUUCCAGCGCUUCUUGACGAGCUGCUUACCGCUGGCAGUCUUUGGGCGCUCGAUCUGCACCGCUGCUGCUGGAAUAUGAUUGCCGCUCCGUCGGCCACCUCCUCACGAGUUCCAACGGUCAUCGUCCGCGGGUCAGGCACCGACUCUGGCCUUGUAGCUGUUCAUCUGUUUAGCGUCACCGCGCGAGGCCCGCCGCGAGUCACGGAUGCUUGGCUGGCAGACGCUAAUCCAGACGAGCCAUCUGUUGUUCAUCGAAUUGAGGCAUGGUUGGCUGGCCAGCAGCUCGCCCAAGCUGCGGUUGCAGUGGCUGCUCCUGACGGCAAGAUUCCCACCCUGGAGUGGGCUGCCAAUCCGGAAGAAGGCUGGAAGGCAGCAUGCGCUACAGUAGUAGGUGCCGCCAACGCUCUGCCGCCCACACUCGCUGUAUUUGCUCUACCAGUGUCGGAGAGCGAGCCUCUUGGCGAAGCCAUCGCCGAACUCAGCGCAGAGCUCACACGCGUCUCAGUCACGUUUGAGCCGCGCGAUGCUGUUCGCUCCACUGCUACCCUUCGCCUCGGCCGAGAGACCACACUAGCGACUGCUGCGCAUGCUCUUCACCUCGCGCUGGAGCUGGAUGCCAUGUCACAAGUGGUUCUUGUCGGUCUCAACGCUGCCUCCGGUAAGCCGCGGAGUCGUCCAUUCACCGAGCCCGACAUGACGCUGGGCGACGCACUGGAGCGCGGUGCAGGCGUGGCGCGGCUGUUUUACGACGUCCGUGCUGGCGACCGCAUCGUCGAACUUGAUCACGGUGCCCGCAUGCUCGCGCGAGUCAGCCUCCCGGCACCACCGCGGCUUGUGGAGGUCCCGGGCCGAACAGCUGCUCAACUAUUGGCUGCAGCAGGCCUUAACGGUCAAGCUGGCGUGGGGGUCGUCCAGGCCGGCGCGGUACUGCACAUCUUUGCCGGCGCUGACGUGCUCACCACGCAGCUCAAUGAUGGCCGGUAUCGCGGUGCCAAGCUGUGUCUGGUCCCAGUCGUCUGCCACCCCGAUGUGACCCUUCCGCUCGAUGCCCACGCCACCCGUUUCGCUGCCGUAAUCCAGGUCGUUGCCCUUGGUGCACGAUACGAACUCGUCGACGACGAUUUCAUGGCAGUUGCCCUCCCGCAGAGUUGCGGUGAUGCCACUGUCGAAACUGUGUGCGAUCUCGCAGGUGCCGGACCAUCGGCGCAGUGUGUCACCUGGCCCUUGCCGCCGAACAAGCCGGAGCCGCUGGCGCGAUCAGAGCGCGUUGCCGGAGCGCUGACGGUGAUUGGUGUGGUGUUGCGGCAUGUGGCAGACCACGGCGACAGCUCCAGACCGGCACGCGAUCUCGCUGCACCACUCACAAUCCACAACUAGCUCGGCACGGUGCAACACUACUCUGGGAUGGGAUUCAUUGGGUUGACGCCGGUGGUGGCGGCGGGCGGGCGCGCUCGGCAGCCAGCAUCUUCAUGGUCACAUCGUAGACAAGGG